GUAAGUUUGACACGACAGCGUGCGUCGAUGAUACUAGUUCGAGGUGGUGACACUAAAACUCGAUGUUCCGUUUGAAGAUCUUGCUUGGCCCGCCAGGAUUAGGGUCCCAUUUUCUAACCUCACAUGUUGAGGCUCUUUCCAGCCACUUCUGGAAAGCUUGCCAUUUUGAACAUGGAACACUCCAGUGGUGGGUGAGUGAAUGAUGCUUCACACUUCUGAUAAGCAUUCUGACAGUCAGGGCUGUUUUCAAAACCAAACAUAUUCUGAGCUGCAUUUCUGUGAUUGCCGCUCAGAAGUGAUUUCCGAGUAGCAGCGGUUGACUCAAACCUAACUUAAGGGUUCCGUAACGUUGCCACACUGUGGCACUGGCCUGGGGUCUACAACUAAUGGCGGAUCGACGCAUGGCGGAAACGCUGAACAACGCGGAUUCUCUGAGCCGAAAACACACUCUCUCUGACUCAGAGGGGGCAUUCGACGACGCUGCGGCCUGCUCUGUACAGACGACGAUGCAAGAAGACCCGAGCCACUUCCGCUGGCAGAAAGUCUCGCACAAGUGGCUGUGUCAACGGACUGUCAAAAGGAUCUACUUCGCGUGUGUCUGCAAGGUCAUCACCGGCUGCACGGCUCGGAAAGUGGAGGACCGCCUCCCCGGCCCGCCUCGGGGGAAGCACAAUGCUGCACCCAUUGGCACUGGCACAAGUAGUAGUACCAGAGAGAAUGCCGGCCGAACGGGUGGCUUCAGCAGUGCCGCCGCUGCCUCCGGUGCCGCCGCCACUGCUGCUCCUGCUUCUGCUGCUGCAGCGGAUUCUUUGACUGGAGACUCCACCCUGCCUGAGCGCGUGGAGAUGCGCAAGGUGGUGCGGAUGACAACCUCGGGGUUCCACAACCACCCUUCCACCAUGUGCCACAAGCGCCGCCGCCGGGGCGACAACAUGAUGGGGAACGUCAAUGGCGAUGUCACUGACGUCAUCAUGACGGGGCCGCCUUCUAAGGCGGCUCCCAUGAUUGCGCCCUACUGCUCCUCCGCUCACCAUGGACCGCUCCCCGAGCCACGGGCCACAAUAUCCCAUGCCGCCCGUAAUCCACCCAGGGCUGACACUGCCCUUGCUGCCGCUGCGGCUGUGUUGGAUCCACCGAGACAUGCCGGCAUAGGCCCGACCCGAAAUCCUCUGGGCCAGAGGGCCUCUGGGAGCACGUCUGAGCGGAUUCCCAUGUGUCAUGCUCCGCAGGCAGAGUGGACGUCCAGUGACCGGGCUUUGAGGUGGCAGAGGACAGCAGCUGAGCCAGCAAAUGAUACCGAGCCAGCAGCCGAGCCAGCAGCCGAGCCAGCAGCCGAGUUAGCAGCCGAGGCAGCAACUGAGGCGGUGGAGAGCCCCAGCGUGAGCUGCUGGCAUGACGGGCCGGCGGAUGGCGAUGCCUCUGCUCAAGGGCUGACAGCAGCGAACGGCGUUACUGAAGUGGCACAGCAGAGCAGCCUCGGGUCGCCACAGUGCUGCAUCAGCGGCCGUAAAGAUGGGCUGCCUGCUGGUGACUGGUCUCAACUUCCCAACGAUGCAUUCGCUCCAGGUUUGACUGCGACAAACUGCACACCUCAACGAGUGCACCAGAGCAGCCUCGGGCCGCUGCAGAGCUUUCCGGACCUGGCUCCGAGUCUAGCAGGCCUGGCAGGCCCAGUAAGCUCAGCAGCCCCAACCGGCCUAGCAGGCCUGGCAAUGGCACAUCUGCAGGAGGGGGAGACUCCAGCAAAUGAACCAGCUGGGCUUCCCAAGGGUCUUCCCCAGGAGGGGGAGACUCCAGCAAAUGACCCAGCUGGGCUUCCCAAGGGGCUUCCCCAGGAGGGAGAGACUCCAGCAAAUGACCCAGCUGGGCUUCCCAAGGGGCUUCCCCAGGAGGGAGAGACUCCAGCAAAUGACCCAGCUGGGCUUCCCAAGGGGCUUCCCCAGGAGGGAGAGACUCCAGCAAAUGACCCAGCUGGGCUUCCCAAGGGGCUUCCCCAGGAGGGGGAGACUCCAGCAAAAAACACUGCUGGGAUUCCCCAGGAGUGGAAAUCAGCAGCAAAGGACACAGGUGGGGCAAGCAGCAACCACCACGACCUUGCAUUUCUGCUGGGGGCGCUUCUGACGCCAGCGGAACGGGAGGUUGUGGUGGCGAGGCUAUUCCAUCUGCAAGGCGCGCUGGAGAACAGAGGACAGCGGAUUGGCAUGGAUGGCAGCAGUGGUUGCGGCACUGGCUUCUGCAGCAGCAGUGCCUGCAUGCACACGUUCCAGGAGGCUUGCUGCGGAUCGAAUCCAACAUUUUCCCGCAUGCACACGUUUCAGGGCCUUGGCCUCUGCAGCAGCGGCACCAGCUUUGCUAAACUUCCAGGUGAGGCGGCUCCUGCUCCUGCUGCCAGCAUGGAUUCAGGCAUUGCUGGAGGCACGGAGGUCUCCUUUAGUGCUGGGACAGACUUUGGGGCUUCGUCUGUCGCUCUAGCUUCUGCUCCUGCUGCCAGCAUGGAUUCAGGCGUUGCUGGUGGCACCGCUGCUGCCGUGGCCAACCCUCCAGCGUUUGCGGUGACAUGGAGCAGUGCAGCGGAGAUGCUGUGUGCGCAGGGUGCAGGCAUGGAGCUCACCUCUGCUGUUGGGAGUGCGACUGAGGUCGGCGCUCCUGCCAACACUGCUCCUGUGCAUCCUGCCGACCCUGCUCCUGCUUUUCCUGCUCAUCCUGCUUAUCCCAUUGCUGCUACGGACACCCCCGCUGCUGCUUCUGCUUAUUCUGUUGCUGCUACAGCCGCUCCUGCUGCUGCUUCUGCUUAUUCUGUUGCUGCUACAGCCGCUCCUACUGCUGCUUCUGCUUAUCCUGUUACUGCUACUGCCACUCCUGCUGCUGCUUCUGCUUCUCCUGUUGCUGCUACAGCUGCUCCAGAUCAAGGUCCGCUGCCCCUAACUGACCAGCAUACUGAGACUGAUAACUGCAGCAAUCACUGUGGCGAUCACUGCACUCCUCUCCUUCACUCCGUCGCUGCCAAACUGGACAUGGUGACGUUUGAGAAGGCUGUUGCAGUGACACAUGACACACUGACAUGUGACACAGUGACUUAUGACACACUGACGUGUGACACAGUGACUGACAAAGGGACACAUGACACACUGACAUACGGCACAGUGACACAUGAGGAAUUCCGAGAGGUGCAGCAGCUUGGACACGAAGUCUGGCUGGAGAUGGAGCAGAAGAAACAUGAGGAAUGUCAUUAGGGUAUGAUCUGUGACGAGUUUCAAGUGCGGAAGGCAUACGGAGAAAGCAUGGAGUCAACGACGGCAUACCAUGUUAUAGACGACUGGCCUGUGUUGGAACAGCGGCUGGAUGCUUUUUGGUUAGAGAACGAGAGUCAUGCGUAUGUUUGAAACUUGCAUACAGUACAGCUGGUGAUAAUUUAUUUGAUGGAAAUAGCACUGU